UGUUCGUCACUUCCUUAUUUGGAGAGCGGGGGGGCUGGGCCCUCAUUGGUCCGUGAGAACUCAACUUUAUAACUUUGCGUAAAUAACGUUAUUAUUAUUCACAUCAGUCUUGUUAUAAAUAUUAAUAUUAUUGCACGCAGAUUUGUUCAUCCGCCGAUUGUUGUAGUAUCGAUGUCUUCCGAAGAUCGGAAGAUAUGCUAAAGUAAACGCUGUCAAAUCCACUAGCUCGGCGGCUAAUGCUAGGUAGCGUAGCAUUCCGCUAGUUAACGUCCAGCUAGCAAGUACCUAACAAACGCUAGUGUUACUGGUUAACUUGCUCGGAUAACUAGCCGUCUAGAGGUUGGGAGAUUUUUUUUUAGAAGCGGAUUUGGGCUCCGGAGGCCUGGAGGAGACGAGAACGGAAUGGGAACAAGAGCCGGAGGAGGGCGACCCGGGACUGGAGCCAGCAGCCUCCAGGUGACCCCUUCACCCAGCGCACCGAUGAACACCGAGUACCCCGACCUGGUCUACAGCGCCUCUGAACAGGACUCCGACUCCGGGGAAGAGGAGGAGACCCAGGGCUCUGGCGGGGAGCGGAGAGGGGUGAAGCGGGAGCGAUCGGAGAGAGAGCUUGGACACUCAGCGCAGAGCUCCGGGGUACUGACCGGGGCUUACGGCGGGGUCGCUCCCGGAGUCGCUGGGGCAAAGCCGGGCAAGAAAACCCGCGGACGUGUCAAAAUUAAAAUGGAAUUCAUAGACAACAAACUCCGACGCUACACAACUUUUAGCAAAAGGAAGACUGGCAUUAUGAAGAAAGCUUAUGAGCUGUCUACGUUAACGGGGACCCAGGUGUUGCUGCUGGUUGCCAGUGAGACGGGCCACGUGUACACCUUCGCCACCAGGAAGCUGCAGCCCAUGAUCACCAGCGAGACGGGCAAGGCCCUGAUCCAGACCUGCCUCAACUCCCCCGACUCCCCGCCACGCUCCGACCCGUCCUCCGACCAGCGGAUGAGCGCCACGGGCUUCGAGGAGACGGACCUAACGUACCAGGUGUCUGAGGCUGAAGGCUGCACAGAGGUCACCAAGGAGAUGGUCAAGCCAGCCUUCACCAUAGCCGGUCUGCAGAGUACCGUCUCAUCCCUACCCACGUCCGUCGUCUCCUCCGGCUCUUCAUCGGGAGGAGUUCUUCAGGUGCAGUCCAGCAUCCCUACUCACUGGCAGGGCUGCACCUCCUCCUCCUCCACCACAAACGGCACGCUUCUCAAGACCUCCACCAGCGUGAUGCUACCUGGGGGCUUCACCCUCAUGUCUGCAGGCACCCCUCUCCCCCAUGGGACCCACACCAUCCCGCUCAGCCAGCUCCAGGGACAGCUGCAGGGCCAGCAGCUGGCUUUGCAGGGACCCCUGGGCACCGGCCCCACUAGCACUGGUUCUUCUCAGCCAGCCACACUGCUCCGUCUGCCUGUCUCACUAACCGGAGGAGGAAUGUCCCAGCAGCUGCAGGCCAUCCAGGUGCAGCCCGGCGGUCAUCACUUGACCACCAAUCAGAGCUCUGAGCUUCACUGCACCGCCUCCACAGCCACUAUCGUGACCUCUUCGCUCCCCUCCACGGUGGCGAGUCACAUGAUGUAUCCAGGAGGUCACACAGUCAUGUACGCCACGCCCACUUCCUCCCUGACGGACGGUGGUCUGACACUGCUCAACACCUUCUCUCAGAGCGGAUCCGCCCCCAACCACGAGCAAGGUCAACAGGUGUUUCUGACCUCGCUGCCUCCCGUCACUCAGAUCCCAGUAUCAGCAGUUCAGCUGCACUCUAUGGUGAUUGGCCAGCAGGCAGGCGGGAGCAGCAACUUGACUGAGCUGCAGGUGGUCAACAUGGAAGUCACACCCCACUCCAAGGAGGACUGACCGCGCCCUGUGUCACCCUGUGUGUUCUUUAGGUCGCCUGAGAGCAUUCUUCAAGACUGUGCGAGUGUUGAGCGCCUGUGCGUGUUUGAGACUGUGUGUUGUUCACAUGAAUGUAUUAUUUUUGUAGUUCACUGCCUGUAUAUGUUUUUCUUAAUAGAUGUAAAAUAAUAAUCUAAAAAUUACGUUUUAAAA